AUGUCUGAAAAAACCAACAACACCACGGCCCCUCCUCAGCUUGAAGAGGUCAAGGUCAACAAUUCAAGCCUGACGGAACUCAAGCUUGCAUGUGAUGAUGCAUUACGCAGACAUUUGUCAAGGCCAGAUCAAUUCAAGGCACAGCACACCCAUACUGACGUACGUCUUGGUCUUGGGUACGCCAGUGUCGCUAUCGCCGCGGUAACGGGUUUGUAUUCAUGGAAGAAGGAUUUUGAAGAAUCGAAACCAAUGGUCUGGGUUGGCGUUAUUUUAUAUAUGCUUUUAACCGGAGCACAAACACUGUAUGCAUAUUUCGUUGAACGGGACACAGUUUUCGUUGGAAAGAGGAAAACAGUCAACAAGAGAAUUGAAACUGAGCGACUAACUAUUGGUGCCAAGACUUUGCCAUCCAACAAAAAGAAUGUCUCCACUGGACCGCGCUAUGUUUUGACUGCAAGUUACGUCCAUACUGCCAACGGUGGCAAAUCGCUUAUCCGCAAGGCAAAGCAAACCACGGAAGCUACCUUCACAACCUGGUUUGACGAAGAGGGGCGAAUGGAUGAAGUUGCUUUUGGCGAAUGGUUAAGUGGUUUCGUUGAAAAACUUGUUGGAGAAUCUUCAUGA